AUGCGGUGGACGUGGAGCUGCUUCUUGUGUAACAUCGGAAAGCCUUCAUCUGCCUCUUCCGCGCAGAGCGCGAAGCGUCGCCAUACCAGUGACGAGUCAAAGGAGAUGGCUCCAGAAUUUCUUCCUUCGACAUCUGAUGAUGUUUCUCAAAUAAUAACGGAAGAUGACGAUGCACUUUCGGUAUUCACAACGGAGGAAGAGUGCGAGGAGCCCCCGCCGAGUAUCUCUUAUACUGACAGCGAAGAAGAAGAUUCGAGUGAGUUAAACGAAGAAUUGGAAAACGAUGCUUUUCGAGAACUAGAGGCUGGACUGAAUGAUGUUAUGUAUCAUCAGAAAGAUGCGCCACCUCAGCUCACUGCUCUUCGCUGCAGUGGGAUUGGUUCGCCGAAAAAGGUAUGGGGUCUUCUUUGUCGAAAAAAUGAGCUCAUACGGCCGAGUAGUCGGCUACUGGAGAAACAUCCUGAGUUGACACCUCAUACGCGAGCGAUUCUUGUUGACUGGAUGAUGGAGGUGUGUGCAAGUGAGAAACAACAUCGAGAAACUUUCCAUCUAGCCAUUGACUAUGUCGACAGGUUCCUUGCAUCUUUCCAAGGCAUCAGGUCGCAUACCUUCCAACUGGUGGGAACGGCAGCAUUGUUCCUCGCAAGCAAAUAUGAGGAAAUAUACCCCCCGAAACUGGAAGACUUUGUUGCUUACACUGAUGGCGCUUGCAGUGAACAGGAUGUUCGGACGUUCGAGAUUAUUAUGCUGAAAGAACUGCAUUGGUCUCUGGCACCACUUACAAGCAUCCACUGGCUCAGCAUGUAUAUGCAAUUCUUAGGAAACAAAGAGGUACCUAAGAAUAGCGGCGAUACUCACGUGGUUGAUCAACCCUUCAUCGUUCCGGACACCUUGAGAGAAGACUUUGUCAAUAUGGCCAAGGUGCUUGAUUUGCUGUUGCUCGAUGUGGCUUCGUUGAGAUAUUCCUAUCGAGAGCUUGCUGCCGCAGUUCUUUUUGCCUGUUACGAACCUCACGCUCUUGUUCAGGAAGUCACAGGAUAUUCCUAUUCCGAUCUGCUGAGGGUUGUUGAAUGGGUGGAACCCGUAGUGAAGGCAUGCGAUCGAUUGCGAGCACUUGGUGAUCCACUGCAGAUUGUUGAAGGAAUUCGCGCAGACGAUCUCCAUAACAUCCAAACUCAUCCUGAACAAGACUUUGAAGAAGUGGUGGUAAGUUAUACUCACAGUAGCAUCGCCAGGGCCAAGACGGACAUUGAAAAGGAGCGUGAACUCGCGAGGAUGACCCGAGAGAAAGUAAAAGUAGUUCCGAUGAGUAGGAGAAGAGGACCUCUGAGAUCAAGGUGUACUAAUCCAGACCAGAUUACAAUAUUUUCAUAA